GAUGACCAGAAACUGCAGACAGUACAGGGGAUGACCAGAGACUGCGGACAUAGUACAGGGGAUGUCCAGAGACUGCAGACAGUACAGGGGAUGACCAGAGACUACAUAGUACAGGGGAUGUCCAGAGAUACGCAGAUACAGUACAGAUGACCAGAGACUGCGGACGCAGUACAGGGGAUGACCAAGAGACUGCAGACAGUACAGGAGAUGUCCAGAGACUGUGGACCUUUGGGGAGGGAGGGGGAGCGGGUGCCUGAAUUUGACAGAAAACGCCAGACCAUUCACAAAGCGCAG